AUGACGGGCUGGAAAGAAAGCGGUGACCUCACGCCGCGGGAUGGCGGCUGGAAUCUGUCCCACAGCUGCUGCUCCCCCGUGACAGCACCCAUCACAAAAGGUGCAUCCCCUCACUGUCACAGGGGGACAGGGACCACCAGAGCCAGAGGAUCCCUCCAUCCUCAUCGCCCCUUGGGCUGCCCACAGAGAGGCAGCUGCUGCUCCCCAGUUGGAAAUAUCCCCACAGUGAGCGCUCUGAACCAAGACCUCUGUGGGUUUGUCCCCGGGCAGCACCCAGGCAGGCAGAGGGACACCUGGGACAGCCUCUCCCAAGGGGACAGACACAGGAGAGCAGGACUCGGUGAUGACCCCAUAGCAUCCCUUGCCCCCUUCCCAGUGGUGGGGACAUCAGCAAGGCCAGGCUCAGGGGGCACGUCUGUCCCCACAGCAGCUCCCCACCAGUCUACACCUCUGACAGCUGCGGGACCCACCAGUAACAGAGUGUCCCCCGAGGUGGGUGGCCACAAUGGGAGCACCACGGCCAUGCUGUCCCCUGCCUCCACCCCCACAAACACUGUCACUGCAGCAGACAGCCGAUUAGUGGCCCCCAGUUCAGUGCCACCAACCUUGGAGACAGUCCUGAGUCCUUGGACAGCACAUUCCAGCAUGGCAAGAGGCACGACAGAUUUGGGGACAAAUCCCAGCCCUGUGGGCAUGCCUGCAUCCUUCUCCCCUUCCUCCCCUCACGGUAGCACCCUGCACUCAUCCCCUGGGACAGCAUUGCUCUCACCAGCCAUCCCCACCCAGCCACCGGCACUGAUGAAGGACGUCCCUUCCCCAGGGACGCUGGCUGUGGCAUCAAGCCUGGCCAUGGAGCCAACAUCCCCCUCAGUGACUGUGGCCAGCCCCACCAAGGGCAUGGCCGAAGAAGGCAAAAGCACUCCCUCCACUGGUGUCACCGUAGAAGAGGUCCCACAUGCCUUGAGUGCAGGCAGCAUCGUGGCCAUAACCGUGACGGUCAUCGUGGUGGUCGUGCUGGUCUUUGGGGCGGCAGCGUACCUCAAGAUCAGGCACUCCUCUUAUGGAAGGCUGCUGGAUGACCACGACUAUGGCUCCUGGGGGAACUACAACAACCCUCUCUACGACGACUCUUAGGAGGAGAAGAUCCUUAUUUAUCAGCGCUUCCCCAGCACGCACCUGCUGCUUGUCCUCGCCACACGUGCUGGGUCAUAGCCUGGAGGCCAAGCUGCCGCCAUGAGCAGCACACCGCAGCAGGCCCAGCAGGAGGCGGCUGGCCGCAGGGCAGGUGCACAGCGCCCACAAUAAACCCAAGUGUUGGCGCUUUGUGUGGGAAGCUCUCUGAUAACAUGGGGUGGGUGCUGCUUUGGAAGUGGAGGGGGACCUGGGGCAGGUCUGCCCCUUUGCUGCUAGCCCAAUAAACCCAAAUUCCCUCUGGGAGGGCUGGGGGAGGCAAAGGCAGAAGACGGCAGCCCUGCGUUAUCCCUGGAAAGAACGUGGAGCGUCCCAUUGCUUUACGUGUCCCUCCCUUCAAGAUCACCUCCCUGCACUGUCCCACUGCAAAACCCUCACCUGUGGUAGCUCGCCACGGGCAAUUACAUGACUGCUUACUCUCCUGCUGUUUCCUUUUCCUUUUGUGUGUUUAUGCACAGAAGCAUGUCACUUCACUUUUCCUCCUUUCUUUUUUCCUCAAAUGCAGUGUGGGAGCCUGCAGGAAAGGCACCUUUCCCAUCUGCACUUCUGGGAUAAGAAACACCCCACUGCUGCACCCAUAGUUAUUUGCUUUGUAGCACUACUUUUCAUCCUUGAAAGACUUGUUCUCUAAAAUACACUGAAGCCAUUUUUAUUCCCA